UCCCAGCUGUCCUGCCAGCGGUUCCCCGGGAAACGGCUGCACAAAUUAUGCAAAAAAAACAUCCGGGAAACCCUCCACCGUCCCUUUUACCGUCCGAACGUGGAAUAACUACGGGAAUACAAGCGGAUAAAGGUAGAUAUCGUUAACAUAUCUGGAACAACAUGACGACUUCUUCACUUCCGGUCGUCGGUGACAGAGACUCGCGUCUAAAACUGACGGUGGAAAACAGAACAAGAAACAUUUUUGUAACACAGUUGGACGAAAAAAGGCAAACAAAAGAGGAAAAUGUCAACUACUUACCUGUUGUAACAGAGACUUCCAGUAAAAUCCUUGAGGCAGGGGUGCACACCUUGCAAAGGACUCUGAUCUUGAAGAAGCAGGCUGAGUUGGACGAAGUGGACAAACAACUAACACUGAAGCGGCUAGAGUUUAAGCACAGCAUUGAGGCCCUGGCCAAGAGAAGAUCUGAACUGGAAAUGAAACAACAAGAGACAAAAGAGAGGGUGAUGAAAUUUGAAAAGUUUGUGGUUGAAAAUGAAGAAAAGCGACUUGGAGCAAUGAAGAAGUAUGAGGCUGCACGAAAGCAGAGCAUUUUAAAGCAGAAAGAGAUCGACGAUCUGACCGAGCAGCUGAAAGAACUCAAAUCCAGGCAUCAUGUUUUAAAGGAGAAGAUUGCAAAAUAUAAAAUCUACGAGGACUAUUUGGUGAAAACACUUGAUUUUUUCCCUAAAACUUACCAUGACAAUGAGUCCGAUUCUUCGGUUAUGGCCAUCAUACAGCGACAUGAAACUCUGUCCAUCACCAACCAGCGACUUCUGCAGCGUUGGGAGCUUCUGGAAGAGGAGGUGGACCAGCGCCAGCAACAACUGCAUACCAUGAAAAUGGAGCACAGCAUCAGAAAAUUGAGGGCCAUUAAGGAGCUGUCUGAACUUCAGAGUGAGUUAGAAACCCUCAAAGAGAAGAACAAGCAGGCAGAGGCUCAUCUGCUGAUGGAGCAGGGCCUGUCCAGAGAAAAGGUUGAAGAAAUGGGAUCUGUACUUAUGGCAAUCAACAAUCUUGCAGAGCAGUGUUAUCUACCUACAUAUGGACCACUAGAAAACAUGAACUUACUGGCAAAGAUGGACAUGGUGAAGGAGUUCAUUUUGGACCUGGCUGACACAGAGAAGAGAGCACGGAGGUUAAUGGAGUCUGGAUCUGCAGUGACGAGCAGAACAGCUCUAACAGACAAGAGAGGGAGAGGGUCAAUGAAGAGCAUUAGCAGUAAAACGCAAAUCAAAAGUUCAAGUAAAGUCAGUAGAAAAAGUGAGGCAACAAGUUGAUGCAAACUUUAAUAACUCGCCGUGUGUCACUGCCAACAGUGAACAGUUGACCUUGACACAGUAAUUUGACAGGAAUGAUCUUUUAUGUAAGUCUUUAAGACUGAGAUGCAGCUGAAAAGUCUUGAAGAGGCUACUAAAUGAUUUUUGCAACAAAUUUGGCA